AUGGAGAAGAUGUCGGGAACACGGAAGGGCCGCUCAAUCUUUCAAUCCCUCGGGUUCCUCUUCUACAUCUCCCGCAUAAUGGGGAUCAUGCCAUUCUCCUUUAGCCACUUCUACCGCGAAAAGAAGCUGCGCUCAUCAAUUGUGGCCAACAUUUGGUGCUGUGUGGUGCUGAUUAAUCACACUCUUCUGUACCAUUUUGCCACCUGGAGCUCAUCCCUGGAAAUGGGAGGAUCUCAGAAUAAUACACUGACGAUCGUUAUUGGGGUCUUCAUCAUUUACAUGGAGCCAGCACUAAUGGUGGCGGAUAUUAUAUCGAUGAUGGUGAAUCAGAGGGAUUUAGUGCAGUGCAUGGAACGCCUUCAGACUGUGGAUGAGAAGCUGAGGAAGGAGAAUAUUCCCCUAAAUUACGGAAGAGUUCGUUUUGCUGUUAACAUCAUCGUGGUUGUGGCUCUUGCAUGUGAGAUCAUCCUGAUCUCAUUCAAUUAUUUUCUCUUUGAGAUGACUUUUGAGGCUGUUGUGGCCUCAAUGUCGUGGUUCCUCACGGCACUACCACUGAUGACCAACAGUGUGGCCAGGGUGUGGUACAUCGCCCUCGUCUGCAUGGUGCGUCAGCAAUUCCUGGCCAUUAAUGAAUACUUUAUGCGCACACAGGAAGUUUUUCUUGAGAUUAAGCACAAAUACGCCGAAAAGGAGGACAGGAGUAUGGCUAAAUCCCCGAGAGGGGUUGAAAUUGUUGGAUAUCUGGACAGAGAAAUCCUCGCCAAGGGCCGUAUUACUCCCGAGAAGCCACCACCCUUCCCACAACACCCCGUGAAGGUACAUCCUGCACCCCAACCAGCCACAAUCCGUGACACCCUCAUGGCAUUCUCAAUGAAUGAGAAGAAUUUCUCCGUUGGUGAUAAAAUGGACAAGAAGCUCAUCCUCAUCUGUCGUCUGCACGAUGAGGUGUGUGAGAUUGGGAAGCUGGUGAAUAAGAUGUUUGGGUUUCAGAUGCUCAUCACCAUGGCAUACGGUUUCAUGAGCAUCACAGCACAAUUCUAUUUCCUCUAUUGCGGCCUUGUGGGUCAGAAGAUUCCCAUUCUCUUUCGCAAUGCCGAAAGUUUGUGGAUCUCGUGCAUCUUCAUCGCCCUAACAGCGUGCAAGUGCAUCAGUGUGAUUUACGUGAGCUGGAAGACAAAGACGGAUGCCCAGAAGAGUGGAGUCCAUCUCCACAAGAUUGCCAAUGUUGUCGAUGAGAAUCAUUUCUAUCACAUUGUCAAUCAUCUCUCCCUGAAACUCCUCAAUCAUCAUCUCAACUUCACGGCUUGUGGAUUCUUCGAUCUGGACAUGACGACCGUGUACGCCAUUACAGGAGCCAUAACGUCAUACCUCAUUAUUCUUAUUCAAUUUAAUUUGGCCGCCCAGAAGACACGAAGCAUGGCCACCAAUAGCACAAACACAACUCUUGCUCACAAUGCUACUACAACUGAAUCUCCUGAGCUUUAA